CAUAUCCAUUCCCGUCGAGACUCAGCAACGUAACACCAAGUUGAAACCAGAGAGAGAGAGAAGCAGAAGCUUUCAAUCGCCAAAAAUGGCCGCCUUCACGAGCACUUGGUCCAGCACUACUACAUGGAGCAUGUCUUCUCUCCGAUCAUCCCUCCCUUCUUCGUCUUCAUACACCGUACAACCGCCGCGUCAUCUUCCUUCACACCGCCUCAGGAUUUCCCUUCCUGAACCCAACCCGAUUCCCUCUUUCCUCGGUCUCGCUCCUCUAAACCCGCUUCUCUCUCUUACAUCCGUAGAAUUCACCAGCUUCAAACCCGGCAAAAAGAUUGACAAUGGGGGCCGAUUGUUGCAAAUCUAUGCCAUGAGGCACGGGAGGAAAGUUCCCAAACUAAAUAGGCCACCAGACCAGCGACGAGCACUGUUGCGUGGCCUCACCACCCAGCUACUGACUCAUGGUCGGAUCUGUACCACUAGGGCUAGGGCUCGAGCUAUGAGGAAGUGGGUGGACAAGAUGAUCACGUUAGCCAAGGACGGAUCGCUCCACAAGAGGCGACAAGCUCUUAGCUUCAUUUAUGACAAGCAAACUGUCCAUGCAUUGUUCGCCGAGGUUGAUGAAAGGUUUGGGGACAGGAACGGAGGCUAUACGAGAAUUAUCAGAACCCUACCGAGGCGAGGGGACAAUGCACCCAUGGCUUUUAUUGAGCUUGUUUGCUAAAAAAACUUGCUCAUUCUUUUUAUUCGCGUAUCGUGCAUGUUUCUGAUGUAGUGGAAUUUUAAGCAAACUCAAGAUUGUUGAAAUUUUUUGCUCCUUUGGAAUCUCUCAAUGGGUGACCAUUUUUU